UAGACGUCACCAAGAUGGCGGCCGUGGACGUGGAAGAUGAAAGUAUUUUGGCUUCGAUUUUUAAAGACAGUUUCCCAGAAAACUGGCGAGAGAACCCAGAUUUCGCGGCGUAUCUUUCGGAGCUAAGCUCGUAUGGGGUAGAAAAGUUAAACAGGGAGCCCGAAAGGCUGUCGGAGGAGCGGGCUCAGAUUCUCCAGCAGACCAGAGAGCUGGCCUUCUCAAACUACAAAAUCUUUAUCCGCACAGCCGAGUGCACCAAAGAGAUCUAUCGGGACUUCGGGCUGGUGGAGAGUAGUGUCUCACGGCUUCUAGAUAAGCUACCAGGCUUUGGGGAAAAAUGCAGAGGCUUUGUAAAGGAGGCAGAGGAGAUCGGAGCCAGUCGGCGAAUGAACAGCCUGACCCUGAAUCGACACACAGAGAUCCUGGAGAUUGUGGAGAUCCCACAGCUCAUGGACACCUGUGUCAGGAAUGGCUACUAUGAGGAGGCUUUGGAGCUAGCUGCGUAUGUCAAGAGACUGGAGAAGAAGCACUCCUCCCUUCCUGUUAUACAGGGCAUCGUGAAUGAAGUGCGCCAGUCUGCCCAGCUGAUGCUAAACCAGCUCCUCCAGCAGCUUCGCAGCAAUGCCCAGCUACCGGUCUGCCUGCGCGUGAUCGGCUACCUGCGGCGCAUGGACGUCUUCACAGAGGCUGAGCUGCGCAUCAAGUUCCUGCAAGCCCGGGGAACCUGGCUGCGGUCUAUCCUGAGCUCCAUCCCCACCGACGACCCUUACUUCCACAUCACCAAGACCAUUGAGGCCUGUCGGGUGCACCUGUUUGACAUCUUCACCCAGUACCGUGCCAUUUUCUCUGACGAGGACCCCCUCCUGCCCUCCAGUGGGCAGAUGGUGAACGAGAGUGCCAUCUUCCAUGGCUGGGUGGUGCAGAAGGUGUCAGAGUUCCUUCAGACGCUGGAGACAGACCUGCAGCGAGGGGUCGGUGGCAGGCUGGAUUCUCUGCUGGGUCAGUGUAUGUACUUCGGCCUGUCCUUCAGCCGAGUCGGGGCAGAUUUCCGAGGUCAACUGGCACCCAUGUUCCAGCGAGUCACUCUGGAAACAUUCCACAAGGCUGUGCAGGAAGCCCUCAGCAAGUUCAACGAGGAUAUGAAUCUGUACACUCUGAUCUCAGCCCCUGCUGUGCUGGGCAGCACCAUCCCUCAAGUGUCCCCCAGCAGCCAACCUGGGACCCUGCAGCCUCCCAUGGCACUACUGGACUUCCCGCCAUUGGCUUGUUUCCUCAAUAAUGUUCUAGUGGCUUUUAAUGACCUGCGCCUCUGCUGCCCUGUCGCUCUGGCCCAGGACAUAACCAUGUGCUUGGAAGAUGCUCUUGUCAAAGUGACAAAGAUUAUCCUGCUGUUUCACCGUGCAGAGGAGACGGCGUUCAGCAGCAGGGAGCGGGAGCUCUUCCUCCAGUUCUGUUCUGCCUUUGCUGAGGACAUGGUCCCCUUCCUCAAUCGCUGCUUACAGGUCCUCUUCCCACCCGCCCAGGUUGCACAAAUACUUGGAAUCCCACCAACUCAGGUCCACAAAUACAUUUCCCUGGGUUGCAUCAAUAUGAAUAUGGUUCUGGAACCUCUGGAAUUUAUUUUACCCAAGAAGGAGCUCAUCCCUGUUGGCCCAGAUACCAGCAGUGACCUGGAGACCAUGGUGUCACCUGGACUCCAGGAGGGGCUUACUGCUGCAUUAGAGUCUAGUUCUGGACCCAUGGAAGAUCAGAAGAGUGAGGUGCCUGUUGAACACACAGGUUCCGCUUCUACAAUUUCAAGUGAAGGAACACCAACUGAGAACACACAAGUAACGCCUGAAUCAGAGUUGACAUAAUGAAUGAUUAUAGUAAUCUGAGACAGGCUCCAUGACUGUUCAUAAUUAAGUUUAUAUAUAUCGCUGUGGAGCAUCUCUAACGUGGAAAGCAUGUUUGUGCACCAUCCGAGUGAAACGACCAUAUGAAUAACAUUAAAUCUAGAGUUUGUACUGUACAAAGUGAUCCACCAUGUUAUUGUUUUUUUGAUUUAGGAGAAUUGGCUAACUUUGCUGUAUAUAUUCCUUGAAGUAUCUGUGUGAUGGUACUUCUGGGGUGUAAAUUUAAAUUAUUAAAUCUAUUUCAUGUUGAUUAUUCUUAGAACGUUUAGGUUGGUGUGGUUUAACUGCCUUCAGUGAGAUUCAAGAUUACAUAUAAUUAUAUAUAAAAACC